AUAACAACAACAACAACAAACCCCCUCUCCUCCGCUCCGCUCUCUUCCCCGGCCUCCCCCCAACCCUCUCCCCGCCCCGGCAGCCGUCGGGGCCGCUCCGAGGGCUGCUCCCGGGUGGAUAACGGAGCGAGCUCCAGCGUUGCCACCGGCGGGAGAGGGACAAGAAGCAGCACAUGAACUGGGAAGAAGGAGCAGAGAGAAAAGCCGCAUCCCCGCCUCCGAGGAUUUCCUACCGCGAAGAGGGGAAAACAAGGAGGAAGGAAGAAUUUUACUGGGGGAGGGAGCUCAGGGAGUGAGCGGGAGCCCCUGUGCCUGUCUCCUGCCGUACACGCGAGUAUUUAUUGUUUUAAUAAUCCGUGCUUGGAGUGUCCCAAGGAGCUUGGGACUCCCCGAGGAGGAAGAGAUCCCUCUCAGGCCUCCUCUUCCCUCCCCCGGAGAAAUGAUGCUCCACGGAACAGGGUCUCCCCGGGGUCUAACGCAGGUCUGAGCCGCGGGGAGCUGGGGAAAGAGCCGACACCUCCAACUGCAUCGGAAUCCCUCGGGGCCUCGGAUUAAAGCUGUUACAUCAGUAAAUUAAAAAAAAAAUUAUAAAAAAAUCCAACAACAGAAAACACAGCCCCAAACCUGGACGUUUAUACAGAAAAAGAGCAUCACAAAUUCCUAAUAGCUAUGAAGCGGGGACAGAGGCAGAGCGAGCUCCUUCAGGCAGGGCUGGGAUCUGAGCUCGCACAAAUAGCUGCCCGGUGGACUCGUCCCAGGUUCCUACCCUUCCCCGUCCCCUCGCUCGGCUCCGAGGGGGAAGACCCGGAGCUAAAAGCCCACCGGCGAUGAGCCACAUCUACGGCAGCCACCUCUCCCCCAUGGGCAACCCCUCCAUGGUGUACCUCCCGGCCGCCCUGGGCUUCGCCCCCAGCUCUACCAUCUCCCGCCAGGACCCCCCGCAGAAACCCCCUUACAGCUACAUCGCCCUCAUCGCUAUGGCCAUCAAAGAAGCUCCGGAGCAGAAGGUGACCCUCAGCGGUAUCUACCAGUUUAUCAUGGACCGCUUCCCUUUCUAUCACGACAACAAGCAGGGUUGGCAGAACAGCAUCCGUCACAACCUCUCCCUCAACGACUGCUUCGUCAAGGUGCCCCGGGAGAAGGGACGACCCGGCAAGGGUAGCUACUGGACCCUGGAUCCCCGCUGCCUGGACAUGUUCGAGAACGGCAACUACCGCCGGAGGAAGAGGAAGCCCAAAGCCCCGGGGCCACCGGAGGCGAAAAGCGGUGCGGUCCCCGCGGGUGGCGAGCAACCGGGGCCGGUCGCUCGCCCCGACGAGCCCAAGAGGGUCAAAGGGAGGGUGGCUGCGGACACGGGCGACGAAGGGCUCUCCAGGCCGGGGGGGGGGGGAAGCGUCCCCCCGGGGGUUCCCCCCGCCGCAGCGGUCCCCCGACCCCCGCCGCGUCCCGGCCACCCGCCGCCGCCCCCCCCCGCGCCGCACAAGAGCGGUCCACGGGGCCGCAGCUUCAGCAUCGAGAGCAUCCUCGCCCAGGGGCUGAGGCAGCCCCCUCCCCCGGGGGGAGCCCCCAAAGCGGCCCGGGAGAGCCCAGUCGGUUGCCUCGGCGGUUCUCUGGUCGCCAACGGUGGGUUCGGCCCGGCCCUCAAUGCUUCCCUCAUGCUCGACUCCCAGGUGCACGGGAGGCUUUACCACAUCGGCAUCCCUUUCCUCUCCUGCUUCCCUCUCCACUUCUCCGAGGCGGUAUUUAAUUUUCAGUAGUUGCCCCUUCGUUAUUCCCAUCCCCCCCCCAGUCCCGGUCGCUGCUCCGGGGGCGAGAUGGGAGGGAGAGACCGGACUCAGACCUCACCAAGCGGGUAAAGACCAAAAAAAAAACCCCCAACCCCCCAAAAAAAGCGAUGGCAAAGGUGACUCAGGAUUUCAGGGCAUUUUCAAGGCACGUCUUGCUGCGGAGCUCUCUUUAGCGAUUGCCUCCCACCCCCCCUGCCAGAUCGACUUUUAAAGGUAAACCGGUUUUCUUUUCCCGUGGGUGGUGGAGGUACAGAGGCAGGCAGCGGGGGGGUCCCACGCUGGCCUCCAAGCCCCGUCGGGUUCGCUCUGCACCUUUAGUCUUUGCAUCCCUCAGGUUUCUCAGACCUGGUUUCUGCUGAGCCCUUUGGGUCUCCGGUUUGCUUCUUUUUUUAUUUUUUCUUUUUCUCCUUUUGAAAACCAAACCCACCCCUUCCAUCCCUGGGGGAGGAGGCUGAGUUUUGUUUUGCCAUGAAUACCCACAGAUGCCUGCACAUAAUAAUUCUUGAUAUUGCCCUACCGGCCCAGUCCACCGAGCGGGUAAAAACCAGGUAACCGGAGCUGAAAUAAGGGCAGACCAAACAAUCCAGGCUUACUCCACACAAUCCUGCUUGCUUUGACUCAGCACUGUAUAUAACGCAUGGCGUUAACACAAGCUGGUUCCCUGCCUAGCACUUGUGCUUCUUGAGUAUCGCGAUAGCGUUUCUGUCUCACUGAUGUGGCCAGAGAGGGGGGGACGGAUGAGCA